UUGUCUAUGGAUUUAUCAUAUGAUCAAUCGAUGGUUUGGGUACUUAUUGUAUCAUUGUAGUUUCCUCCCUCAAUCUUUAGAUUGUAGUAUUUGAGACUUGAAUUUAAUUCAUACGGCGAGAGGUGAUAACAUAAUGAAGGGGUGCAUUUUCAACAUCGAUGCAGGAUAUUUAGAGGGCUUGUGCCGUGGUUUCAAAUGUGGUAUAUUAAAGCAAUCAGAUUAUCUUAACUUGGUGCAAUGCGAGACCCUGGAAGAUUUGAAACUCCACCUUCAAGGGACUGAUUAUGGAACCUUCUUGGCUAAUGAACCUAGCCCUCUCGCCGUAUCCACUAUUGAUGAUAAACUACGUGAAAAACUCGUUAUUGAGUUCCAACAUCUCCGCAAUCAUUCAGUUGAACCAAUGUCAACAUUCUUAGAUUUCAUCACCUACAGCUACAUGAUCGACAACAUUAUUUUGUUGAUUACUGGAACUUUGCAUCAGAGACCAAUCUCUGAGCUAAUUCCAAAGUGUCAUCCACUUGGAUCAUUUGAACAAAUGGAAGCUAUUCAUGUAGCUGCCACACCAGCUGAGCUGUACAAUGCUGUGUUGGUGGACACUCCACUUGCACCAUUCUUUGUGGACUGCAUCAGUGAACAGGAUUUGGAUGAAAUGAACAUUGAAAUCAUCCGUAAUACUCUAUACAAGGCAUAUUUAGAAGCCUUUUAUGAUUUCUGCAAGCAGAUUGGAGGAACUACUGCUGAUGUUAUGUGUGAGAUUUUAGCCUUUGAAGCUGACCGUCGUGCUAUCAUCAUAACUAUCAAUUCAUUUGGCACUGAACUAUCCAAGGAUGAUCGUGCUAAGCUAUAUCCGCGCUGCGGUAAGCUUAAUCCUGAUGGAUUGGCAGCUCUGGCCCGUGCUGAUGAUUAUGAGCAAGUGAAAGCAGUUGCUGAGUAUUAUGCUGAAUAUUCAGCACUAUUUGAAGGCGCAGGAAGUAAUGUUGGCGACAAAACUCUUGAAGAUAAAUUCUUUGAGCAUGAAGUGAGCUUGAAUGUUAUGGCCUUUUUACAACAAUUUCACUUUGGAGUAUUUUACUCUUACUUAAAGUUGAAGGAACAGGAGUGCAGGAACAUUGUAUGGAUCAGUGAAUGUGUUGCACAAAAACACCGGGCUAAAAUCGAUAACUACAUUCCCAUAUUCUAAAUUGGCUAUUGAUUAAAAUACUUGAAAUAUUUCUGUCUCUG